AUGCCCUUUUUCCGCGACCUUUCCAAGCCCCAACCGCUGGAGUUUCACGCAGAGAUGCUGCUGGGCAUGCAGAGACCCCACAAUGGCAGCCUGCAGCGCCGGCACACCAUGAAGGAAGCCAAGGACAUGAAGAACCGUCUGGGGAUUUUUCGGCGGCGAAACGAGUCCCCGGGGGCCAACCCCUCCGGCAAGCUGGACAAAGUGCUCAAGUCUCUCAAGCCCACUCCUGAGGAAGCUCUCAAGUGGGGGGACUCCCUGGAGAAGCUGCUGCUGCACAAAUACGGACUCGCUGCCUUCAGGGCCUUCCUGCGCACCGAGUUCAGCGAGGAGAACCUGGAGUUCUGGCUGGCCUGUGAGGAGUUCAAGAAGAUCAAAUCCCAGUCCAAGAUGGUCUCCAAGGCCAAGAAGAUCUUCGCCGAGUACAUUGCCAUCCAGUCCUGCAAGGAGGUCAACCUGGACUCCUACACACGGGAGCACACCAAGGAGAACCUGCAGAACAUCACCCGCAGCUGCUUCGACCUUGCGCAGAAGAGGAUUUAUGGGCUUAUGGAGAAGGACUCGUACCCCCGCUUCCUCCGCUCUGACUUGUACUUAGACAUAAUUAACCAGAAGAAAGCCAGCUCCCCGCUGUAG